AUGUCGGACUCGCAAGCUCAAAUGUACGCAGAUCUCGGUCAUCCCUACGGCGCAGAUCCGAACACUGUCCCCCCAUCCGAAGCUAACCCCGGAUUACCAGGUGACGAACAAAGACCAGUCUGCGCCCAAUGUCGCAAGGGCGGUCGCGAAUGUCGGCCGAGCGAGGGAAUUGUCUUUCGCCACCAGCAAAAUGCAUCUAUGAAUGAUGGCGAACAGCAGGCACCAGAGGGUAGAGGGGAGUUGAAGGGGUUUUAUUCGUAUAAGAACACUUUCGACAAGGACAGUGUAUGGCUUGACAUUCCGAAGCACGUGGUCUUUGUGGACAACUCCGACCCCUACGCCGAAGACCUUGAGAUCGCCGAAUCCAGUGCCAUCGCCUUGGCACAGACCCGGAAUCAACGAUGGGGGAGUACAUCCAAGGCGAGCGACACGGAUUCGCAUGGCUUAGAGGCUUUAUCCGCCGUCGCCUCUCAUGAUCGGUUCGCAUACUCCCCCAUGGCCCAGUCCACCCCCGAAACCAUAUCCUUUUCAUCGCCCAAUCGGUCCCGGAGCAGCAUCAUGCCCCCUCCCGCAUCGCCGUCGAUUUCAAUAUCUGCCAGUAGCAACAAUACGAAUAUCAACUUCCUCCUCAACCCCUCACACUCAAUAUCGCCACCUCUAGAUCCAUCUUUGACGCCGGGCCAGAGGAACGCUUCACUACCGUCGCGCCCAGCCGUAUUAUCGAGGCCCACGGCGAUUGAACAGAGAGGGGACGGUCAUGCCGAGACGGACUUUGAGGCUGCAUUCUUGCUCCGGCAUUAUAGCGAGGGGCCUGGCUUAUGGAUGGACCUUUUUGACCUGAGAACCUAUUUCGCUUCCUGCGUCCCAGUGCGAGCGAGAAUUAACCCUCUGCUCAAGUAUGCAGCCUGCGCAUAUGCAGCGAAACAGUUGGGCCGGGUCAAGGGCGCCAAAGCCAAGAUGGGCGGCGUGUGUUCUCGCCAAGCAGCCAUGGAGGUCUGGCCUGACAAGGAUUGUGAUUUUGCCUGGAUGGGGGCGAAAUACUACGAGAAGGCUAUCCAGCUGUUGAUGAGAGAGCUUCAGCCAGACGCAGAAGCCCCGCCUCCACUUAGCACGCCAGAGGCUUUUGGUCAGUGGCAGGCGAAUGAACUCGCCCAAGACGUGGCCAAUCCGCGCAAAAGACGGCGACGAGUUUCCAACAACAGACUGUCGCGAGGCGUACAUUCGGAUGAGAUCUUGGCGGCAACUGCUAUCUUAUCUGUCUAUGAAUUUCUCGAUGCGACGGGUCCAGCCUGGAACCGCCAUCUAAGCGGUGUCAAGACUUUGCUGGACGUGGCCGAGGUUGGAAUCAUGCCCUUGGAGCAUCUCUCUCCCGAAGGGGAGAACCCUUAUCAGUACCGCAAGUCUCGCUUGUCCAGAGCUCGCAAAGCGGCUUUUUGGAAUUUUGCCAGGCAAGAUUAUCUUGCAGCAUUCAUCAAUGAGUGUCAAACGAGGCUCAACACAGACGACAUUCUGAUGUGGACCGAGGCCGGGCUGCUGCUCGACUCAAUGGGCUUCGUGCUACCCAGCAACACAAGCGAAGCUGGAUAUCCGGAGGGGAGCGAUGUGAUGAAAGAGGACCAGAUUUGCAAUGCUCUCGUCUGGAUCAUGUCGAAAAUCGUCAACCACAUUGGUUCGAAUGAGAAUGACAAACGGCCCGUGGAUACCGGUUCCAUCGGUCUCACCCAGCAGGCCACAUUUGAGCGAUGGUACCGACUCGAAGCUGAGCUUGAUGCUUGGUACAGUGGCCUGCCAGAUACAUUCAAGCCGUGCGCGAGGAUCGAGCCCUCGCGUGUCACACAACUUGGGUCCUCUGGUGAAUUCAAGGACCUUGCCACACUUCAGGAGAUCUGGCACACCAUUCCAAUGUGUGCGUCGGGUAUGCAGCACUAUCAUAUGGCUCGUAUCCUCAUGUUGAUCAACAAGCCUCACGAGUCGACUGGACGGCAGAAUACCAUUACGUUGCGACUGCAGUCCUAUCGAUCGAUUGAGGCAGAGAUUGGAUAUCACAGUCGCGAAAUCCUAGGCAUCGGUCUAGCGCGGCCGGAUGGUGCUGUGCGAAUCAACUCAUUGCAGCCCUUGUUUGUGGCGGGUCAGUGUCUCACGGAUUCCCGGGAGCGACGCACAGCGAUUCGCUUGCUCCGCGCCAUCGAGGCCGACCUGGGCUGGGCGACAGAGUACCGCGUACAGCAGCUGCUCAAAGAAUGGGGGUGGGAAGAGAGUUCCUUGCAUUCGGCGGCGGGCACGUGA